CAGUCAAGAUGCAUCUGCAUGACUGCGUCCAAUUUGAUGGAGAGGAUCUUAAUCAUAAGUUCCUAAACUACCUCAAACUCGGUUAAGGUUUCCUGUUUGAAUCAUUCUCAGAUCAAAUGUCUGUACCAAAACAACAUCCAAAGGACUCUGUCUCAGGUCUCUUAGACCCAAAAGAGGCAGCUGUUAUUCGGGGCUAAUGCACCACCUCAAAAAGUACUAUAUUAGUAGAUUGAUCUGAAGAGAUCGGAGAGAGACGUUAGCUUGCGCGGAGAAGCAAGACUGCGAGAGGUCAAGAGGGUACAAGGGGAAAGAGAGAGAAACAGAUUAACCAAAAGGCUUUCAAGUUGAGUUGUCAAAUGGGGAGUGAAAUUGCUGGCGCUUUUAACCAUAUGACCAGAAACCAGAAUCACUUGCUUGUGAAGCAAUAUCUCCAUGCCAAUGCAAGAUAAGGAUGAGUAGAGAAAAAUCCAAGAAAUACUAGAGGCUUUAGCUUUGCUCUUUUACAUUGGGAAAUGCGAUUUCUGUUUGCCAGGCUUUUCCCGCCACCUUAUAUUCCAACAGUCAUGCAUGGCCUCUUAAACUGUGCAAGCACUUAAUUUCUCUAGCUCCCUUGAUCUCUCACAUUGCAUUCAUAAUUAGUCAAUCAACAUCACCAUUUGAGGUUUUGAAGAAAUGGAGGGAAGAUUGUUUUGUUUCCUGUUAGCUCUUCAAAUAGUAAGCUGGACUUCUGCAACAAGCAUGCCUUUAGCACCAAAUGAUGGUUUUGGUGUUCAUCAACCAGGCCAUAGUCCACAGUCUUUACAAGUUUCCUUGGGCCCAAGUUCAAGCUCAAAAGAAAUCUCGUUGCAGAGUUUUAAAAGCAAGGAAGGAAUGGCUGCCACCAUAAAUAAAGAAGCAAAUGCUGAAGUGGAUAGCAAACUGGGUAUAGGGUCAAGUCCUCCAAGCUGUGAACACAAAUGCUAUGGCUGCAUCCCAUGUGAAGCCAUUCAAGUGCCUACUACAACUAAGCGCAGCCAUGUGGGUCUGCAGUAUGCAAAUUAUGAGCCUGAGAGUUGGAAAUGCAAGUGUGGUCCUUCCCUUUACAGCCCAUGAACUAAACCUCAGUUGCCUUGAUACAAUUAGCUGCUCACUGCUCAGAGCUCACUAAAUUCUCUUUUUCAGUUUGAUUAAGACCAUUUCUUAUCCAUUUGUACAAAAACUAAAUUCAACUUGCUGUAGGCUUUGUUGCAAUGCUCUAGUUAGUGUAUGGAAAAUCAUUUUUAGCUACAGGAAUGUGUUUUGCUGCUUGUAAUCAGCUGUUAUAAGACCCUUUGAUCUGUUUAAAACAAACGCUCUUCUUCUAUAUGAUAUACUAACAAGAACAGGUGUUUUCAGACUAUUAAACAAAUUGAUUAAGUCCAACAAGAAGCAGAUCAACAUCAACUAUAGAAAGCUGUGCUUUGAUCAUUUUCACAAUUCUGUAUCAGCAACAUCAACGAUCUUCAUUGCUUGCUAGAUCUUGAUGAGGAUUGAAAC